UUCUAAUGUGUGCUUUGAACUCAUUCUGUCAGUUUUGUUAUGUUGUCUCAUAUUUGUCAUUUUCUUUCAUGAAAUUAUCUACUGCUUGUUGUCAAGUAUGAAAUUAUUUUGUCUCCAUUUUUGUGAAUCCUUUAUUAAAUAUACCUGAAUUUAUUAUUACAUCAUUGUAAGUUUGGCUAGCAAAGGAGGUAUUUAUGCUAUUUGAUUUUUUGGUAAUUUUUCUGAGUUUUUGUGCUCUAGCAUAUGGUUGAAUUUUUGGUGAAGGUCUCAUAUAUAGAAGUGUAAUUAGCAUAAUGUCUUGUUUACUAUUCAGCAAUUGCCAGAGAUUUAUCAUAUGAAACUUUUCUAAAAGUUAUUCAGGUUGUAAACUUUCUUUUUGCUCUCAUUUUUAGUUGGAUUUGUCAAGGUAUGAAAGAUUCACUAAGGCUCACAUCUCUCAUAUUUUUGCUGUUUCUCAAUGUAAUUUGAUUAACCUCCCCUUUACAUAUUUAGAUGCUAUGUCAUUCAGUAAAUUUGUAACUAUUGAUAUUGUUAUCUCUGUUAUGUUUUAAUAUAAUGUGGUUUUUGUAUUUAUCCCUUCAAACCAUAUCUAUGUUUACUGUUGCCUUGUUUGAGACCAUGAUUGCUUCCCCUGCCUUUUUAAUUCACUAUACAUAAUAAUUUCUCUCCAGCCAUUAUCUUUGUCAGUAUUACUAUUUAAAGUUUGUUUCUUAUUUCCAUGACUAUGAUCAUUAAUUGGGUAUUUCCAUUUAUCCUUUCUUACCACUAUUUGUUCUUUUUGCUCUUUGUCUUCCUUUUGCAAAGAAGAAUUAGAAAGUGAAAGAGAAAUAUGUAAUUAGCACCAGUGAACUACAGUUGAAGCAAUUUGCUUUUACUUCACUGUUAUAAGAAUUUUAUUCCCAUCUAUAAACUGAUGACAAAAAAUUAGGGUUCAGUAUGCCCUAACUUAUUAAUGUUGAAUUUACAAAAACAAGUAUAUUCCUUAGGAAUCACAUAUUUCCUAGAAUUAAGUUUAUUACACAUUGAUGCAUAAGAUGUAUUUUUAAGCACUUCAUACUCACAAGAACACUUGUAUGGAAUGUUAGAAUCUUAAAAAAAGACAUUUUUUUCUAGAAUUGUUCUCAUUCCCUUUUUUUUUUCCUUUCAGAUAACCUCAUAGUCAGACUGAUGAAUGAAUUGAAUCACUCCAUUGUGUCAGAAUUUGUGUUCCUGGGAAUCUCUAGUUCUUGGGCCAUACAGCUUGGCCUUCUGCUGUUUUCCUCCUUUUUCUACAUGGUUAUCGUGCUGGGAAAUGUCUUUAUUGUUCUCACAGUGAGCACUGAUGGUCACCUACAUUCUCCAAUGUAUUUUUUGUUAGCCAACCUCUCCUUUAUUGACUUGUGUCUCUCCACUGUUGCAGUUCCCAAGAUGAUUGUUGACCUUUUAUAUGAGCACAAAGUCAUAUCAUUCCAGGGAUGUAUCACCCAGAUCUUCUUCAUUCAUUUAAUGGGAGGAACGGAGAUGGUGCUGCUCAUUUCCAUGGCUUUUGACAGAUAUGUUGCCAUCUGUAAGCCUCUUCACUAUUUGACCAUUAUGAAUCCCAAAAUGUGUAUUUUUCUUCAGGUGUCUUCUUGGGUCAUUGGCCUUAUACACUCAUUGACCCAGUUGGCUUUUGUGGCAAACUUGCCUUUCUGUGGUCCUAAUGAAAUUGACAGUUUUUAUUGUGAUCUUCCUCGGUUCAUCAAAUUGGCCUGCAUAGAUACAUAUAAGUUGGAGUUCAUAGUCACUGCUAACAGUGGUUUCAUCUCCAUUGGUACCAUCUGUCUCCUGUUCAUUUCCUACAUUUACAUCUUGGUCACUGUUCAUAAACACUCCUCAAGUGGAUUGUCAAAGGCACUCUCUACUCUGUCAGCUCACAUCAGUGUAGUGAUCUUAUUCUUUGGUCCAUGUAUCUUUUUUUAUGUGUGGCCAUUUCCUACACUUCCAGUGGAUAAAUUUCUGGCUAUUAUUGAUUUCAUUAUUACCCCAGUCUUAAAUCCUUCCAUAUAUACAUUCAGAAACAAAGACAUGAAGGCAGCAAUGAAGAGACUAAGCAGCAGAUUAGUGAGUUUUAGGAAAAUUUUAUAA